GAGACACUUCAGUCGUCCACCAUUCCCAUUUGCACAUAUGUUAAUGAACUGCUGUCAAAUGCUAAGCGAGCGCGAUGUGGCUAACUAACAAAGCUAACUACUUUGCAUACACUGGUACAAAAGCGUAUUACAAUAUUCGUAAUUAUAACGCGAAUAGGAGUGGCGUAAUCACUUUGUUAGUCUUAGAAGAAGACUUAAAUUGGACUUUUUUUUCACGUUUUCUUACCCAGGGUUAACGAAGCUCGUGGACACUUCGUGAGCUUAGCGGUGACAGGCGAUUGGUCGAAAGCGGCACCCAUUCCGCAACAUCGGCUCGUUCUAUUGGCUCCCGCAGUCUCGACCAACCAAAAUCGUUUAUACUACACGAGCAUUUAAUUUGAUUGUCGAAAACUUCCGCAGCGAACCGAACGAAGUUUUAUUUCAUUUUUGAUUGAAGCAAAUACGUAUACUCUCAUGAAAAAUGAAGCUUUUGAACAAAAGCUAACGGGGGACGUCGGAAGAACACACGAAACCUGAGCUGCGAUGUCUUUGCUUGAGGAUGCACUGGAAGUGUUGCGCAUGGUGCUGGACUAUUUUGGAGUCCCUCCAGAAAUGCUUGUUCCAGUGUGGGACAGUCGGCUGUGUGGCCAAUACCGCAGCAUGGUGAGGAUGAUCGGCUCCAACCUGCCUCUGAAUCCUGCACCACGGGUCUAUUUUCAGAUCCCGCUGACCACCUAUGCCGACCUCCCCACGGAAGCGCCCGCCAUCCCAUCGUUCGCUGACCUCCUCUGGGUACUUGAGGACGAAGAGGACGGUUUCGCCAAGAGCAGGCAUCAUCUACCCGCAAAGACGCCCGUGAGGCAGAGACCGCGACCGGCCCGACAGAUGCAGCCGGAAGCCCUGCAGAAGAUCUCGGCGCUGGAGAGCGAGCUGCUUAAGUUGCGAGCUCAGAUCGCCACUCUCGUCACUGCCACUUCGGGUCUCUCCGAGUCCCAUAAAGCAGCCGGAACGCCGUUGAUGUCGCCCAUCCCGGCGGCGGCUCUCACAUCCACACCUCGCUGCGCGCCCCCGCCGCCGCCACCUCCGCCGCCGCCAUGUCCCGCCGCGUCGUCGGUAACCGAGUUGAUCCGACGGCGCAAGUGCGGCGGGAAGGACGCGGACAAGAAACGGAUCCAAGCCGUUCCCAGCCGACCUUCCUUGUUGGAUGUGCUCAAAGACUUGAAUCAAGUCAAGUUGCGAUCGGUCGAGAGGUCACCGGGGGGCACGCCGGUUCCGAGGAGGCGUAGCAGAGGGGGCCGGGCCACCCCCCCCAAGGACCCGGCCUCUCUGAUUGCCGAGGCGCUCAAGAGAAAGUUUGCGCAGCAUCGCCACAAUCUCUCAGAUAAAGAGAAUUCUCUGGAAAGUUCGCCUUUCGGAAGUCCCGACACACCCAAGAUGGUCCACCACCCUCGACGCAGCCAGACGUUUCUCCACUUGUGAUGCAAGUGGAGUCUUUCCUUUCGGAAUCCUUGAGGAGGAUUGCGAAAGGUCGGUACAAAUCCUUCUGAAUUCAUUCUCGGCCCGCAAGCGCGCACGCAUUGACGGGAUCUUCCAUGCACCUGCUGUCUUAGUUUUGUUCCGUUUAUUAAAAAAAGUUACAUAUGUAAAAUAAAAAAAGUGUUCAGUUAGCAUUCAGUUGUGGCGUUUGUUGAGUAGAGCGCUGAGAUACGAGUCUUGCGUUCAUUUUCACAUCUGGAACGGUUUUAAUUUAAAGACAUAAAUAAGUGCAACAUAAACUCAGUCUUUUUCCAAAGAAACUAAUCAUCUACUACUAGGUUUUACAUGAGCUUGAAAUGUAAAUAAUGCUAUUUUGAAUAUAAAGAAGGUGCACAAAAACAUCUCAGACGUUUAAGCCUUAUAGGCUAUACGUCGUCUUGAGUGCCGUCUUUGUAGUCGCGCUCGUCGGCCUCCACUUGGCCAUCUUCCUGCACCCUGUAAAAAAAAAAAAAAAAUUGAUAUAAUAAACAUUGAUAUAGUAAACAUUGAUAUACCGUAAUUUUCGGACUAUAAGUCGCACCGGAGUAUAAAUUGCACCAGCCAUAAAAUGCCCAAAAAAGUGAAAACCCCCCAUAUAUAUGUAUAUAAGUCGCUCCUGAGUAUAAAUCGCCCUCUUAAUCCAAACUAUGAAAAAAAAACACGACUUAUAGUCCGAAAAUUACGGUAGUAAAUAUUUUAUGUAUUUAUUGAUUUAAUAUUUUUCACACCAUACCAGUCGUGUCGAUGGUUUAUGUCGUUGUCAUCGUGCGUUUGGGCAGGGCGGAGAAAACAGACCACCGAGCUGCAAAAAGCCACAUCCAAUUAGUUUGGAGCCUUUUGGAUAUUCGCGUGAUGUCGUCAAUUACUGAGGACAACCUGCUGUUGUGUCCGUCGGCCUCUCUCGGAGCAACGGCCUUUUGUAAACACAAACAGACAAGAUCAAGUUGCAUCAUUUUGUUGCGGCUCACCGAAAAGCACCAUGUGAAAUCGGCCUUAUCACGUUCUGUCCUCAAAAUCUCAACUGUUCACAUUUUCAAUCAAAUCUCAUUCAAAAUGGUGCCCGACACAAAACUCCCGUUCAAAAUCCCCUUCCCGACAUGCUAACUUAGCAUAGCAACAGUUAACAUUUGACAAUUUUAACAAUAAGAAAUAGUGCUGGACUAAAGAGUAUAAUGUCAAAUUCAAAUUUGGAUGCACAGCUUACUAUACUGCUCGGUAGUUAUCGAUACUCAGCAUUUACCACGUGGAAAACGUCUCUCACCAAAUCCCACGUUAAAUCUCCGUACACGACAAUUCCGGGACGUCCGUCCGGCUCAUCGACGCAUUCGACGGAAAACUAAAAAGUAAAGUGACAAAUUCACUUUGCAAUUUACGCAAUACGAAAAGCGCAUCGUAAUUAUGCAUAUUCUAACAAAUCUCAAUUGAAUGAUCGGACUCACUUGAAGCUCCUGCUCAGCCGCCAUCUCUUUUUUUGUGCGUGUUAAUCACGUGUCUUCCGGAAGAGCAACGCUUCAUCGUUGUAAUACUCGGAAUUACGUAGGUAGAGUACAUUAUAUCAAAUAAUGACUCUGUAUAUGAAAAUGUCCAACCUUUUCCUUAGUUUUGUGGCAUUUUAGGUAUAUUUUCAUACCUUUAAAAAUUCAUUUCUUUAUAUAAUGUCUGAUAAUAAACUGAGAAUACCGUUCUAGCUUAAUUUCAGAAAAAUUAAAAAUAUAAGGACAAAAGGAAAAAGACUUACUUAGCGGCUGCUGUCUCGAGACUUGAGUGAAGCGC